AUGGUCGCCGGAGGAUGUGUCUGCGGAAACGUCCGCUAUGAGGCCGGAGGCGAGUCCGCAGCGAGCGUUUUGUGCCACUGCACUGACUGCCGCAAGAUCGGUGGUAGUACUUACAGCACCAACGGGGUCUAUGACGCGGACCAGUUCAAGAUCAUCAAGGGCACCCCCAAGCAGCACACGAAGAAGGCCGACAGCGGUAAUGAGAUCACCUCCAAUUUCUGCGGUGACUGCGGUUCGACCAUGUGGCGUGAGGGCGCUACCUUCCCUGGCAAGAGGAUCGUCAAGAUUGGAACACUCGACGACACCAGCAUCCUUGAUAACCUCACGAUCAACGCCGAGUUGUAUGCUGACACCAGGCCCAAAUGGGUUGCUCCUCAGUCGAGCGCGGACCAGAAGAAGGCUAUGGUAUAG